UCAGCUCGUUGCAAGUGGUGUAAUCGGAGCUUCAAGAUAAAUUCCAUGGGCAAAGUUGCCUUUUCCAGCCACGAAAAAGGGAAGAAUCAUCAACGCGAAAUUCUAGUUCGCCGGACUAACCUGCAAAUCAACAACAUUUCCAUCUCAAAAACACCUGUGAAUAGAGUCUGGAACCGACCAAACAGGAACAAAACAUUAGACCACAGCUCUUAUCGUAGCUCCGGUGCCGAUGUUUCCAUUUUCAAAAAGAUGUUUCCUGACAGCGAGAUUGCAGCACGAAUGGAAAUGGGAAGGACGAAAACCGGCUAUUUGAUCACAUACGGAACCGCUCCGUAUUUCGCCAACGACCUCUUCAAAACAUUGCAAGGUUGCAGUGAGUUCGUCGUUGGAUUUGAUGAAACUCUCAAUAAAAUUGUCCAGCGUCAGCAAAUGGACAUUGGAGUUCGAUUCUGGAACCCAGCUACCAACCAAGAAGUGGAAGCAAGGUAUAUUGGCUCAGCAUUUUUAUCGUCCACACGCUCCAAUGAUCUGGUCAACAGUGUGAAAUCCUGCUUUUAUGAAAAACCUGAAUUACUGAAAAAUGUUAUUCAAUGCUCCAUGGAUGGCCCUGCUGUUAACUGGAAGAUGUUCAAGGAAUUGACUGGUGAAAUUCAGGAGCUUCGAUCCAAUCCAGCACGAUGCAGUAACAGCAACAGCAGCAGCAUCAGCAACAAUAGCUACAGCAGCGGCAGCAGCAGCAGAGCCCAUGAUAUUGCCUUCAGUGGAACGUUCUCCAGUCGUCGUCUCUUCUAG